AUGGCUUCCCCUAUUGUCCUUGGUCUCCGAGCGGCCCAGUUGGUCAUGGCGUUUGUGAUUCUCGGCCUAUCAGCAUAUGUCGCCAACUGGUACAAUGUCGAUACCUUGACCUCGUCGCCAUCCCAGAUCAACUGGCUGCUAUUCUGCUCGCUCUUCACAAUCAUCUCGAUUGCGUAUAUUGAACUCGCCCCGCGGUUUAUGCCUAAAGUGGCACACCCCAUGGCCUUCGUCGGUCUCGAGUUGGCCAACGUCCUCUUCUACUUCGCCGGCUUUAUUGCCCUGUCUGUCUUCAUCAGCAAGCUGCUCUUCUGCCGUGGCAGCGUGUGCGGCUCCGCUCGUGCCGACGUCGCUUUCGGUGCCUUCGAGUUCCUCGUCUGGGGUGUCACGUCCUUCUUCGCUGUCCGAGACAACCUGAAGGGGGGGUUCAACUUCCGCCGCAACCGCGGCCAAGCCCCCCUCGCCGGCCCGCAAAUGAAGGAGUCUCAGCUGGCCUAA